AUGAAGGGUUUAACGGAGGGCUUAGAGUUAGCAGAUUUCGUUGGUGCCACGCUACGUGUACAGGUCAGCGCAGAGAGGAUAUUAGAGGGUGUUUUAGUCGCCAUUGACCAUCACUGUAAUCAGCUACUUGACAAGGUCAAGGAACAAAAUAAGGGCACUGUCAGGGAACUUGGCCUAGUGAGUGUACCGUGGGACUCAGUUAUGAGCAUCAAGAUUAGCACCGACCAGAUCAAAGAGAUUGGGAAUAGAAAGGUAGCAUUAUCACAGGCGAUUGUUUAG